AUGGCUGAUGAUAAAAUAGGAGGGGCUGAGAGACGGGGUUCUCUCUUCAACACUGCCAAAGACAGUAAACAGUUUACAGACAAUGUCACCGGAGAGAUCAAGAACCCUCUUACGGAAGUGCCCAAGGACCAGCUGCUCGAGGAUGUACGCAACUUUGCCCACCAGCAUGGCCUGCAGGAUAUCAUCCCCUUGCUCGAAAAGGGUGCUCUAGUCGCGCAGAACCCAAGGGACUUUGAGUCUUUGCCUGAGCUGGACGAAGAUGAUCGUAUCUGUCUGCGCGAAGAGGUCACGCAUCGCUGGAAACUCCCUUGGGGCCUGUACUAUACGAUCUUCCUCAACUCCAUUGCCGCCGCCAUCCAGGGAUGGGAUCAGACAGGAUCAAAUGGAGCAAACCUUUCGUUUCCUAUCGAGUUUGGUAUUCCCGACAACCCAGCCUACUGCCCUACCGAUGCGAUCUGUGAGAAGAAUGCAUGGAUCGUUGGUUUCGUCAACUCCAUCCCAUAUAUCUCCAUUGCUCUUUUUGCUGGCUGGCUGUCUGAUCCCAUUAACGAUCUGAUCGGUCGUCGAGGAACUAUCUUCAUAGCGGCCGUCUUUUCCUUGCUCGCACCUAUCGGAUCCGCCCUCACUCAGAACUGGGGUCAGCUUGUUGCCUGCCGUAUCCUUCUCGGAAUAGGCAUGGGCCUAAAGGAAGUUACCGUACCCGUCUUCUCUGCUGAAAAUACCCCUGCCAACGUGCGAGGAGGUCUGGUCAUGUCCUGGCAGGUCUGGACCGCGUGCGGCAUCUUCCUCGGCACAAUUGCUAAUUUGGCUGUCGUCAACACUGGAAGAAUCGCCUGGAGACUGCAGCUGGGCUCCGCCUUCAUCCCGGCCGUCCCACUAGUGAUUGGUAUCUACUUCUGCGCUGAAUCUCCACGCUGGCUGUUGAAGAAGGGCAAGGUUGCCAAGGCAUACCGAUCAUUGCUAAGGUUGAGAAACACUCCUCUACAAGCUGCUCGAGAUGUGUACUUUAUUCAUGCCCAGCUUGAGCAUGAGCGUGCCCUGUUGGUGGAGACCGGUCUGAUCAAGACGGACAACUUCUUCACCCGAUUCAUUGAACUUUUCACCAUCCCUCGUGUCCGUCGUGCCACUCAGGCCUCUGGAGUUGUUAUGAUUGCCCAGCAGAUGUGUGGUAUCAACAUCAUUGCCUUCUAUUCAUCCACUAUCUUCGAGCGAGCGGGUGCCAACAACAUCACUGCUCUGCUGGCUUCCUUCGGCUUUGGUCUCGUCAACUUUGUCUUUGCCUGGCCAGCCGUCUGGACUAUUGAUACCUUUGGACGUCGUGGUCUUCUUCUCUUCACUUUCCCCAAUAUGUUCUGGACUUUGCUUGCAGCAGGCAUGUCCUUUUAUAUCCCCGAAAGCAGCCCCGCACACCUCGGCCUUAUCGCGACAUUCAUAUACCUCUUCGGCGCCUUUUACUCGCCUGGAGAAGGACCAGUCCCCUUUACGUAUUCGGCUGAAGUCUUCCCCCUCUCCCACAGAGAAGUUGGCAUGGCCUGGGCUGUUGCUACGAAUAACUUCUGGGCCGCCGUCCUGGCACUCACCUUCCGUCGCCUGGACCUUGCCCUGACCACGCCGGGAGCUUUCGGAUUCUACGCUGGCUUAAACGUCAUUGCCCUGGUCAUGAUAUUCCUAUUCCUAUACGAGACCAAGCAGCGCACACUCGAGGAGCUGGACUAUGUCUUCGGCGUUCCCACACGGACCCAUGCGAAGUACCAGCUCACCAAGGUCCUGCCAUGGUGGAUCAAGCGGUACAUCUUCCAGCGCAAGCAUGCUGUGUGUCCAGAACUGUACCACCUGGACAGCAUUCGUGAGCAGCCUGCCGAACACGACGGUGUCAAGCAGGUAUAA